GCCGCAGCACCCGGAAGCGCGGCGGAAAGGGGCGGACGGCGGCUGCGGGGGGUCAGUCGGCGCCAUGGCCGGACGCGGGAAGCUGCUGGCGGUGCUGGGCGACGAGGACACGGUGACCGGGUUCCUGCUGGGCGGCGUGGGCGAGCUGGACAAGCACCGCAAGCCCAACUUCCUGGUGGUGGAGAAGGAGACCAGCAUCACCGAGAUCGAGGAGACCUUCCGGAGCUUCCUGAGCCGCGACGACAUCGGCAUCAUCCUGAUCAACCAGUUCAUCGCGGAGCUGAUCCGGCACGCGAUCGACGCGCACACGCGCUCGCUGCCGGCCGUGCUGGAGAUCCCCUCCAAGGAGCACCCCUACGACGCCACCAAGGACUCCAUCCUGCGCCGCGCCAAGGGCAUGUUCACGGCCGAGGACCUCCGAUAGGCGCGCGGGGCGCCCUUCCCCCCCCACACGCACACCCCGGGGCCGGGACCCCUUCUUCGUCUUGUGUGCUGAGCCCCCUUUCCCCGUCGCACCAGUACACCCCAGUUCAGGGCCCUGCACCUUCUCUGGGGUCCCCGGGCCAGCUCUGGGGGCUGGGCACGGAUCCUCGUGUUGCCCCUGCACGAUGCCCGAUGCCCUUGUCCGCAGGGGGUGGGAGGGCUGCCCCCCCCCAUGCUGUUUCGUAGCACCCGGUGCCCACCCCUGUCUCUCGUGUUUGUGAGUGCACUGCCCUGUCAUUAAAUAAGUCCCCAAAUGUG